GAAAAUUUUUAUAAAUCAGGAUUUUCUUGAUUUUAAACCUUUCAUUUUUCUAAAUCAUUUUAUUUAUUUGAUCAUCUUGCUUAAUACUUUUUAAGAAUAUGGCACAGAAUAAAGAAUUUCAUUAUCAACAAGGUGAAAGAAUUCUUUGCUAUCAUGGACCUAUGAUUUAUGAAGCAAAGAUUUUAGAAGCGGAUAAUAAACAUCCAAAAACCAAUUUACCGGGCCCACAUUAUCUAAUACAUUACAAAGGAUGGAAAAAUACGUGGGAUGAAUGGGUUUCAGAGGGUCGAGUGUUAAAAUUUAAUGAUGCGAAUUUGGCUAAACAAAAAAAUCUCGAAGAAUCUUUAAGUAAAAAAGGAAGGUCGACUGUUAAAAAACCUGCUCAAGAAACUACAGCUGAAAAAGGGAAGAAAAGAAGGAGAGAUACUUUAACGGACAAAGAUGAAAGUGUCAAAAAACCAAAGAUUAACAUUCCUGUCCCUGAUCCCCUUCGAGCAAUUCUAGUUCAAGAUUGGGAAAAUAUUGAUAAAUCAUCAUUGGUCGUGCCUUUGCCAAGAAAACCUUCUGUGAAGGACAUUAUAAGUCAAUAUAGGACAUAUCGAAAUAAGAAAGGAGGACAAGAAUCCGAUGGUAUUGCAAAUGAAGUCAUCGAUGGAGUGCAAUUUUAUUUUAACAAAUGUUUGAGAUCCCGUUUAUUGUAUACAUCAGAAAGACAACAAUAUCGAGGAAUACGUAACAAAUUUGAACAAUUGGAUAACUCCCAAAUAUAUGGAGCAGAGCAUUUAUUAAGAUUGUUUGUAUCUUUUCCACAAUUGAUUUCAAAUAUGAAUCUUGCAGAAGAUACAUUAGACACCUUGAAAUAUCACUUGUCAGAUUUCCUAAACUUUUUAAAUGAUCAUAGGAAAGAAUAUUUUAUUGAUGAAUACCAAAAAUUCAAAGAUUAGAUGAUAUAUAUCAAGAUAUUUCGGUAACUAAAUGCCGCUAAAUUUAAAUUUAAAUUAGAAAUAGUAUUUACAAAUACAUUCCGGAUGUUCUAUUUUAAUAUUCCUAGAAAUCUAUUACCUUGGAGGUCAUUUCAAUAGACAAUCAAUCAAUAUCAAUUGAAUCAUUUAUUUAUUUGGUGGAAAAAAAAAUAUUUAAUGAUUUAUUUAAAAAAUACUUUUUUUGAAAGACAAUGUAUUUAUAUAAUUAGACUA